GACAACAUUAUUAAUACACCUGAAGAGUUUUGUCCAUAUAUUCCUUCAUUAAAUACCUUGCAUAGAACGAUUAAUUGUGUUCGUCAAGUAGAUUCAUUACCUCAACCACAACAUAUUACCGAAUUAAAUAUGCCAGAAUCACUUAAAUCUACUUUAAAUGGCAAUUUUGUUUUUAAUUAA